CUCAAACAUUUGUUCCUUUCCUUUUCGCCAGGGUUUGCAAAGUGUAAUGUCCCUUCUGAGGCCUCUUCUGUUGGAUGUGGUCCCAACUAUCCAGCCGACGGCGGCUCUGGCUCUCAGCAGGCUUGCCAACUAUAACGAUGAACUGGCGGAGGCAGUGGUGAAUGGAGACAUUCUCCCACAGUUCGUCUAUUCUCUGGCUAAGCAGUAUCGCUUCUAUAAGAAGGCAGCAGCGUUUGUCCUCUGGGCAGUUGCUAAGCACUCUCCAGAGCUGGCCCAAGCUGUGGUGGACUGUGGUGCUCUAGACGCCCUUGUCGUCUCCCUGGAGGAGUUCGAUCCUGGAGUAAAGGAGGCUGCAGCUUGGGCACUGGGCUACAUCGCCCGCCAUAACGCCCAUAAGUCAACACCGUGGGCGCUCUGCCGUAACGCCCAUAAGUCAACACCAUAGGCGCUCUGCCCUAACUCCCGUAAGUCAACAUCGUGGGCGCAUUGCCGUAAUGCCCGUAAGUCAACACCGUGGGUCAACACCAUGGGCGCUCCUCCAUAAAGGCCGUAAGUCAACACCGUGGGUGCACCGCCAUAACGGCCUUGAACUGGCUGGUCAUGGAUGAUUGGUCAUGGAUAAUGGAGGAGAUCCUCUGCUUGAACAGUAUGGCUGCAGCUGGAUGUUUCUGUAAUGUGAAGCACUGCCUUUGCUUUUAGUGAUGCUCACAGAUCGCAAAAUCAUUAGCAAACACUUCAGCAGGACCAGAACCUUGAUUAAAGAUAAUCCUAACCUCGUUGCCUUAAUGAAAAUUAGAGAAACACUGAUGUCAUAAUCUGUAGACACAAGAUUCAGUUUGAACACUGAAUGAAUAAUCAAUUGUAAAUUGUUCAAUGUUU